GUAUAUUUGGCAAGUAUUCAGCACUCAUAAAAGUUCAUUUGCUUUCCAUGUUUUUAGUUGUUGUUGUCGUUUGUCAAAAGGAAACAGAAUGAAAACAUCUGGUGUCACAGUUUUAUUCAGGGAUUUAUUGAUGCUCCAACAUUUUUUUGUUAUUUUUAAGACAUCUGAAGGGGCCUUGUUCUCACUGCCCUGAUUUAUUCGAAGCCGAUUUAACAUUGGACACUUUGGUGCAGCCGUGCUCUUGUGUCGGAGCAGAUAAGAGGCCUUUUGAACCGCGGAGCAUCAAUGACAAAGCGCAACUGAUCUUUUAUUUGCCCCGUUUUACAUUGAAAGCAAGCGGGUCCUCUGUGGGGAUCAGUGGAUCCAGUCCUGGCCGAUAUCUGUGAUCUUGUUCUUCAACUGUCUGAUGUGUCACGCCGUUGUUUGCAUCCUAACCUGACCCCUGUUCCCUCCCACUGCCACCUAUUUGCAUGACCAGGCCAGCUGCCAAUCCCCCCCCCCACUCCCCACUCCCUUUUCUUUUCUUCAGACUGAAUUCUAAUCACUAUUUUCAAAGGAGAGCAUCUCCAAAGUACCUUUUAUCAAGUCUGCAGACAGGAGGAGGAAGCACCCACUCCCUCGCCUCUUCUUGGCACUCUGCUUCUGGAGUACCUCAAGCGGGAACCUUCUUCUACAACUCCGGAGGAAAAGAACAAAUAGACGCCGUGCAGAGAUGCCAUGAGGUUGAUUUUGGUUAAACCCACCAAUGCCACCCGCCGCCUGGACAGCACAGGUCAGUUGUUCCGUGAUGGCGACCGUGAGCGUUGCUCUUCAAGAGGUCCCUCGCCCCCGACCAAAAGUCCAGAGAGGGUGCAUGAAAGAUACUCUGGAAGCCUCAUGGAAGCGACGUCGCCAACGCAGGAGACAAGUCUGUGCUGUGCUCCUUCAGCACCCCAUGAAACAUCCAAUGGCGUCAUUCCGUCCCCAAAGGUUUGUGGUGAGAUGAUGUCCCAGCUGCAGACUGACAACAUGACAAUAUCACAGCUGAGUAAUCAAGACUGGCUGCUGCUUUGUGGCCAGGUUAGCAACGAAGGGGGUGAUUCGUCAAGUGGCGUCACGGGGCAUCCAAACCUUAAUGACACAUGUGCGUGUUCCUGUCCCGAUCAAUCGGGAGCGUCAAUCUUUCAACCACAGUCAAAUCACACUUCAGGCCAUGGUUGUCUCUCGCACAAAACGAACAUUUCCUCUGCACCCAAGUCGCAGUUCUUCUCCGCAAGCAGCCAGGUUUUCCCGCAUGAUACAAAUCAAAGCUUGAAUGUUGCCCAAAACCAUUCACACGGGAGCUUUUUUGCACAACAAGCUUGCAAUCAUCUCAAAGACACCAAUUCCAACUUGUUCAACAUCCCGCUGUACACCAGUGAUUGUCCUGAGACGCUCCCCCAACACUCGCAGACCGCCGUUAUUGGGCAGCCCACCUGGAGAGACGCCGCCAAGCAUCGGGAAAAGCAACACGGACGCAGUUCUGUCAGCGGCGAUGACACCUGGAGGUCGCAUGGAGAUUCGUCCUCCAUUUUCAAGUGUCGCCAUCUCUCAUCCAUCUAUCCUACCAGGACGGUACGUGUCAAGAGGUCGUCUACGCCAGCUGCUAACAACACUGUCCAGUCGUCCUCUACCGGUCACUAUACCUCACUGGAUCACCACGACUUAGCGGAGGAGGCAACAAGACCACGACAAAGUCAGACAAACAUUCAUCAGCAUCUCAUUGGAUCCAAACACUGCUCUCCUAAAAUCACCACGCCCUCCGAGGUCAGAGGAAGUGGCGUCCUAGGCAACGGGGACGCGGCGAGAUCAGUGGCCAGCCAUGACACUUUAAGAUCCAGUUACGCAGAACUCCAGCCGGGCCAGCAGCUUCAUCACAGCGCCCUCCUGGAGGACGCCUUCUCCAAAGUCAUCAGGGAGGAUUCAAGCAAGGCCAACAGUGACAACAUCCCGAGGGAGGAAGGUAACGUACCACAGAAGAAGGACAUCAGCUUCAGACUGGGUCAGCGCAGAGCUCUUUUUGGCAAGCGUAAACAGCUGAGUGACUACGCCUUAGUCUGCGGGAUGUUCGGCAUCGUCGUCAUGGUGAUUGAGACUGAGCUGUCCAGAGGAUUCUACAGCAAGGACUCCACGUACUCUUAUGUGCUCAAAGGCCUUAUUAGUGUUUCUACUGCUAUCCUACUGGGUCUCAUUGUAAUGUACCAUGCCAGGGAAAUACAACUGUUCAUGGUGGACAACGGUGCAGACGACUGGAGGAUCGCUGUCACAUUUGAGCGGGUUCUCUUGGUGGUGUUGGAGCUCCUCGUCUGCGCCAUCCAUCCCAUCCCGGGACAGUAUGUGUUCAGCUGGACUGCUCGCCUGGCCUUCAGCUACGCCACAUCGGUAGCGGACGCCGACGUGGACAUCAUCCUGUCCGUCCCCAUGUUCCUGCGCCUCUACCUGAUCGGCCGGGUCAUGCUGCUCCACAGCAAGCUCUUCACCGACGCUUCGUCCCGCAGCAUCGGUGCGCUCAACAAGAUUAGUUUUGACACUCGUUUUGUCAUGAAGACCCUGAUGACCAUCUGCCCCGGCACUGUCCUGCUGGUGUUCAGUGUGUCCUGUUGGAUCAUCGCAGCAUGGACUGUACGCAUAUGUGAGAGGUAUCAUGAUGCACAGGAGGUGACCAGCACCUUUCUGGGAGCCAUGUGGCUGAUCUCCAUCACCUUCCUGUCCAUCGGCUAUGGCGACAUGGUGCCUCACACUUACUGUGGAAAGGGAGUUUGCUUGUUAACAGGAAUCAUGGGAGCAGGCUGUACAGCGCUGGUGGUCGCCGUGGUUGCAAGGAAGUCCGAACUCACCCGAGCUGAGAAGCACGUCCAUAACUUCAUGAUGGAUACGCAGCUCUAUAAAAAGAUAAAAAACACAGCAGCCAAUGUGUUGAGGGAGACGUGGCUGAUCUACAAGCACACCAAGCUGGUGAAGAAAGUGGAUCGUGCACGAGUGCGCCACCAUCAGCGGAAAUUCCUGCAAGCCAUCCACCAACUGCGCAAAGUUAAAAUGGAGCAAAGGAAGCUAACUGACCAAGCCAACACCAUUGCGGAUCUUGCAAAGACUCAGAACAUGAUGUACGAUCUGGUGUCGGACCUGCAGCAUCGCAGCGAGGAGCUGGACCGCAGGAUUAUGGCCCUGGAGAACAAACUGGACUUCAUGCUCGCCAACAUGCACUCGCUGCCUGAUGUGCUCUCUCAAGCAAUAACUAAGAUUCAAAAAGACUUCCUUGAUGACUUGGCCUGUCGCGUCCACUUCCUGUCCUCCUCCCUGAGCUCAGAGUGUUGCUCUGUUCCCGCCGGGCCGCUCGGUCCUGCGGGCCCCGCCUCAUCGCAGAUGCCAUACAGCUGAUCGGCUUCAAACUUGUCACCUAAAACUUGUCGUUUUGGCAACUUUUAUGCAAUGUGUACAUUUUGUGUACAGAGCAGCUCCAAAUACUAGGACUGCGGGAAGGGCAGCUCAUUAUUUUUUCAUUUAUUACUCACUAAUUUAAGUACUUUUACAUUGAGGAUUUUUUUUAGAUUUUCUUUAUUCUCCAUGUCUUUAUUGUGUAUUAUUUUGUGUGAAUUAAGCAUAGACUG